AUGAUGUCUAUCAAUUCUAAAGCAACGGCGGCGGAUACUACUAAGAAGCGCAACGCGGCGGAUACUACUAUCCGGCAACGGAGACCUGCCACAGAUCUACAAUCGAUUAGUCCAUGGUUUGAAGGGGUCGUUCGAUUCCACAGCGGCAACACGGACAACGGCAACACGGACAGCGGCAACCAACGGUGGCGGAAGGGUUCAAAAGAAGAUUCCACUAAGUAUACUUCGGAGGAGGAAGGGGAAAAGGCGGCGGCGACGAUAGUGGGUCUGUCUUUCUUCUUCGACGGCGACGGUGGGCGGAGAGAACAUGCAAUCGCCUAUCCGACAAAGAGAGAGAACGGAACGGACUUGGGUUUGCGAAAGUGA